AUGUAUCACUGUUCUGAUGGAAACAAUCUGGAUGCGCAGCUAAGUUGCUCGUCAAAAAGUUGCAAGCCUGGUUGGACGGGUGCUGCAUGCAAUGAAAGAGUGCCAGAUGUCUGCACGAAGUACCCAGCUAUUUGCAACAUUACUGUUUCGUCGUGUAGCAGUGCGCCUGGCUCUUACGUAUGCAGUUGUUUCCAGGGCUUCAUAAAUCCCGACAACGAUCAAGCCACAUGCAUAGACAUUGACGAAUGCGCAGAAAAUAUAAACAACUGUAUUGGUCUGAACGAGACAUGUGUUAAUACUGUUGGUUCGUAUGUCUGUCAGUGCUCUGCAGGGUACAGAAACAUUAGCAACAUAUGCGUAGAUAUAGAUGAAUGUGUGGUUAACACGCAAGCUUGCAAUAACCAAACUUCAAAGUGUGUUAAUCAGAUUGGCACGUUUAGUUGCAUGUGUUUUGAUGGCUUCUAUAAUAAGGAUCAAUGGCUGUGCGAAGAUGUGAAUGAGUGUUUGCAGGGCAGGCACGCAUGCAACGCAGCCAUCUCAACGUGCGUGAACAGCAUGGGAAACUACAGUUGUGCUUGUGGCAGUGGCUACUCAAACAAAGAUCAGUGGACGUGUGGAGUUUCUGCCGACAGAACCAUGCUGUUUGCCCUCAUAGGUGUCUUUGUAGUAUCAAUCGUAACAUUUACUGGCCUGAUAUCUUACUUGCUUGCCGCAAACAAAUACAACCGCUUGAAUACCAACGUCAACUAACAAUAUACACUUAUGCACAAACCACACACAAACGCAUACACAAACACACACACACAAACAUACACACACAAACUUAAAAGCACACACACAUACAGACAUGUUCAAUAUAUUAAUAUUUAAUGAUAAUAUGUUAUAAAUGUUAUUAAUAAUAGAACUGUUAACUAAUAGCUUAUUUACAAUUUUAUAACCCUUCUCUCUCUUCAUCUUUUUCUCUUUUCUUUCCUCUCUCUAUCUCUCUCUCUCUUUCUAAGUUAAAGUUUAGCAGGAAGUUAAAUAACGCCGAACAUGCUGUGAUUUUCAUCAAUAAUUGCAUUUAUGACAGAAAUAUAUAUAUAUAUAUAUAUAUAU